AUGGCUCAUAGUGGCUUGGGGAAUGGCUCAACUCCAAUUCUCCAACGUGUUGGGCUUGCCGGAGCUGCUGCUCGCUUUGCGCAACGCUCUUAUGCCGCCGAUUACAUCGCAUUGGGGUUUCUUGUAGCUGGCUGGGUCUUGGUCCAGUUUAUAGAUCCAUUCCAUCGCAUGUUCUCCCUGGACAAUAGGGCUAUUCAAUACCCAUUUGCGGUUCAUGAACGAGUUCCUGUUUUAUGGUCGGUCUUAUUCGCUGGCGUCGUCCCUUUCCUGAUUAUUCUCACUUGGUCGGCAAUGUGUCGUUCCGGGGUGCAAAAGACACAGGUGACGGUACUCGGGCUGCUGGUCGCCUUGAUGUUGACAUCGCUCCUCACGGAUAUUAUCAAGAAUGCGGUGGGAAGACCACGUCCAGACUUACUGUCUCGCUGCAAACCCUCGCGAGGCACACCCAACAAUGCGCUGGUCGCAUGGACCGUCUGCACAGAACCGAAUCAGCAUAUUUUACAAGAAGGAUGGAGGAGCUUCCCUAGUGGACACAGCAGCUUCUCUUUUGCUGGCCUUGGCUUCCUGUCCCUUUUCUUGUGUGGUCAAAUGCAUGUCUUUAGGCCACGCACCGAUCUUGGGCGUUGUCUGCUAGCAUUUGUCCCAUUGCUAUGUGCUCUGAUGGUUGCCAUCUCGCGAUUGGAUGACUAUCGACAUGAUGUCUACGAUGUCACAUGCGGAGGACUUCUGGGCAUGUUAAUAGCCUGGUUCUCCUACCGCCGUUACUACCCGCCUCUGCGGUCGGUCCUGUGCGAUAUUCCCUACGAUAAAUCGGACCUUGUUGGACAGGACGGCUUUACCAAGUUGGACGACGAGGAGCAGGCUUUGUCGCGGUCACGAACUUCACGUGCUGGCCCGUCUCGAGAGAGUUUCCAGCUUGAGGAUACGGAGCCAGCUCGAUGA